AGCCCCCAGAUGACCCUAAUUUAUUCUCAGUAUCCACCCUUCCAGGUCAUUUGUAUCUGCUUCCCGAGUGAUCUGAACCACAGCCCCUCCCCAACCUCCUGCCUCCAUCCCACCCCGCACCUCCCCGCCUGUCUUAAGGGAACAAGUCGUGCACAACCUCCAAGGUCGCCCUUCCUAGAAGAUCACUGUCCCCAGCGGGCCAAUAAACCAGGGUAGAGGAGGGACGUGGAUACAGGAUCUCGGGCCUACUACCCAAGCUAGUGUCCAAGAGUGGAGUUGGGAGGCCCCUCUCUGAGGUUCCAGUGGGCUACGAAGCAUAUGCUAAUGUUCUACUGAGCGCAGUAGUAGGCCGGUUCCUCCCUCCCUCACUAAUCAUGCUCUGUUCAGGAUCAGAACCAGCGGGGUUUGGAGGCUGAGGCCUUUAGGAAGACCCCAGACCCCAGGCUUAUGGGAGGAAGGUGAGGCUGCGAUGCGCUAGACCGCUCGCGCCCCUUCCUGGGUCUACCUGAAGGACUACAGGGACGUCAGGAACGGGGUGUUCCCUAUGCCUAGACUACUUUCAUCCACCCAUAGGUCAAGGUCUUUUCUUCCCAGCAGCUCUGUUCUGCAGGGAUUCCAGUCCUUGGCAUCCUCCAUCUCUCCACCCGCAUGAUUCCUCCCCACACACCCCAUAUUCCGUUUUGUUUAGUUGUGAAUGCCACGUCCUGUCCUGGUGACAGGAGAACAAAGUUGGUGAACGUCGCACCGAGUGUCCGAGUGUUCCAUGAGCCCCUGGGAACGGGCGGGGCGGGGGGGGACGGAAGCCCGGGCUGCCUGCGGUCCCAGGCGAUAGUACCCUAUCUGCCUCCGCAACGCCCUUGCGCGCCGGCUCGGAGUUAUUUCUGGCCAGGCGGCAGAACUGUGGUCUGUUGCUGUAGACUCAGGCAGGCUCUCGGGCCAACGCCACUCCAGAACGAAGUAGGCCGCCAUCCUCUCGCCAUGGGCUCCCGGCCGCGCGGGGCGCUCAGCCUGCUGCUGCUGCUGCUAGCGCCGCCCAGCCGCCCAGCCUCUGGCUGUCCCGCGCCGUGCAGCUGCGCAGGGACGCUCGUGGACUGUGGGCGCCGCGGGCUGACCUGGGCCUCGCUGCCGGCUGCCUUCCCUCCCGACACCACCGAAUUGGUGCUGACCGGUAACAACCUGACGGCGCUGCCGCCCGGGCUUCUGGACACGCUGCCUGCGCUGCGCAGAGCGCACCUGGGCGCCAACCCCUGGCGCUGCGACUGCCGCUUAUUGCCGCUGCGCGCCUGGCUGGCCGGCCGCCCGGAGCGCGCGCCCUACCGCGACCUGCGCUGUGUCGCGCCCCCGGCGCUGCGCGGCCGCUUGGUGCCCUACGUGGCGGAGGAUGAGCUGCGGGCCGCGUGCGCGCCAGGCUUACUCUGCUGGGGAGCUCUGGUGGCGCAGCUAGCGCUGCUGGUCCUCGGGCUGCUACACGCGCUACUGCUGGCACUCCUACUGGGUCGCCUGCGGAAGCUGCGCACGCGCGCACGCUCCAUCCGGGAGUUCUCUCUCACAGCCCCUCUGGUGGCGGAGUCGGCCCGAGGUGAUGCAUCCUAAGAAAAGACAGGCGCUGAGCAACAACGACCUGCAAACUUUACGGGUUCCUGCUGGAGGACCCUCGCCUUCACCUGGAUCGGUCUUGGCCUCUACCCUUGCCCAACCUCCCAGACCCAAGCUCUGUAAGCCUGAAUCCACAUGGGGCCAAACUGUUGCCAGUACUACCAGAGUGAAGCAACCUUGAGUCUUCAGAGCCUAGAGUGGUGAUGGAGCGGCCCAGUCCCUGCCAGACUCCGCACUGAAUAAACCUUUCUCCUCCUCA